AUGGACUUUUCGCGUGUGCUGCCUGCUUACCAGGGGACACGCAUGGGACUGGGGGGAGACGCGGUGAGCUAUCAAAUAAUGCUGGUGUGCUGCAACUCCCCUACACCUUUCCCUCCUCCUCCUCCGCUUCCUCUUCUUCUUCUUCUGCUUCCUCUUCUUCAGCUAAAUACCGCUGUUGCCGACACCAAUUCCGAAAAAUACGACUUUCUCGGCUAG